AUGUCGAGCAUUCCCUCAGACACUCUGCGCAAUUCAGCCUUCAGAAUCCGAGGGACGCCUGUUUCUUUCUUUGGGAACCAUGUUUAUUGGCAUUGUACUAUUGACACGAGUACAACAUGUGUUCCUUGUCCUGCAUCAACUUACACAGAUGAACCCAAUGGACUCACAAAAUGUUUUUCCUGCACUGUGUGUGAUACAGUCCAACACUUAAAAGUGAAAAAGGCCUGUACUAGCUCUGCAGAUACAAUUUGUGAGCCUCAGGAAGGAUUCCAUUGCAUUAAACUAAAUAAAGGCUCCUGUACAUUAGCACUGGAACACACUAAAUGUAAACCUGGACAAUAUAUUAAACAAUCAGGAACAGCAUUAACUGAUACUGUAUGUGCUGGCUGCAUAGAUGGAACUUAUUCAAAUGGCUCUCUAAAGGCCUGCCUACCACAUUCAAAAUGUGAGACUAUGGGACUUACAGAAAUAAAAGCAGGAACAUCAUCCUCUGAUGCUGAAUGUGAGAAAGUGACUUCGGUUGGUCUCAUAGUUGGAGUCACAAUUGCAGUUCUUGCUGUUGUAGCUGUUGUGGCUGUGGCUGCUGUUAAAUUAGCAUGCAUCAUAUACAGAAAACAUAAAGCAAGGCACUCUAAGAAUCCAGGUGUCUGUCGCACCCCACAACAAGCAGCUGAGGAUGAUGAAUCGAAAUGGCAGACUGAGCUGGACCCACUUGAUAAACUAAUAUAAACAGAUAUUGUUGUCUAGGCUCUUGAGGGGAAAAGCUUUUCUAAACUCUGAAUCAAGUGCUUUGCAAAAUGAUUUGCUCUUUCAAAUCACUGGAAGCAGCACAUUCUGGUGGCACCAUAGUCAAAACAACAUAAGAAGAACAUCACACCAACGUGUAAUGACACCUUUUGCAAAUUGUUAAGGUUUUCAUAAAGUAUAAUCUAUCAAAUCAUUCAAUAUCAUAAAACAUGAAGUAUUUUUUGUGUUCUUUUAUUGAUUUUAGUGUUUGUUUUGUGUUUUUUGAGAGAGCUUGCUCUCUAAAUAACAUCAUUCUUUAUUUUUCCAUAUAUGACUCUCAUUAAAACUGAACCUAAAUUAUGAAGCUCACUGAUCAGUUAAAACCAUAUCUCUGCUUCAUUGGUCAACCAGAUCAACUUCCUUUGUGAACCAUCAAAAUAUACAAACGAGGAGUAUGUGCUGAAAUCAAGGACACUAAUAAUGUUAAAGUGUAUGUUGAAUUUAUGAAUAUUGUUUGUAAAUGUAAAUAAUAAAACCUACAGUGAUGA